GGGGGGUGUCAGCGUGUGGUCACGUGCUCAACGGUUCUCUGAGCAGCUAGCGGUUCGGUUAUUACCCCGGCUCGCGACUUCCGGUUCUCUGAUUAAAUAUCGAAAGAUUAAACAACCUGGCGGUUUCAUUUCACCAGCGAGCGCGUUUUAGUGUGACGUGAAUCUGUUCCGUUGUAAAUAUUCGUCAUUUCCGGUCAUCAUGUCGGCGGUGCAGCGGAUGAAAGUGGCGAACGAGAAACACAGCAAGACCAUCACACAGCGCGGGCACGUGCAGAAGACCACGAGGGUGCAGGGAGAGGAGAAAUCUCCGGUGGGUCCGUGGCUCCUCGCUCUGUUUGUGUUUGUGGUGUGUGGCUCAGCUAUCUUCCAGAUCAUACAGAGUAUCAGACAGGGGAUGUAGGAUGAUGAUGUUUGGCGUUCGGGUGAUGGUCAAAAUGAAGCUCCUCCCACUGAAUCCUGACUGACCAAUCACCUCCUUCUGUGUAGAGUUUACAUUACAGUGGAGCUGUUCUCUGACUGACUGUGUGUGUCUGUGUGUCUGUGUGUGUCUGUGUGUGUCAGUGUGUGUGUGUGUGUGUGUGUCUGUGUGUGUGUCUGUGUGUCAGUGUGUGUGUGUGUGUGUGUGUGUGUGUGUGUGUGUGUGUGGUGCUAUGCAAUGAUUUUAUACCAGCAAAUAAACUAUUUUCUCUACACACACA